ACGCAAUCACGUCGUACUUCGUGCCCGACCGCUAGGGGGCAGUGAAAUCGUUUGAGCGGCAAAGUCAAAAAUAGACCCGGCUUCAGUUUUCAUGUGUCAGCGGCGGUGGAAGGAAGACGCAGCUCAGCGGCGGUUAAUCCUUAAAUCUUGUCAGGCGGAGAAAACACGUAUCAUGGACAGCCGAAAGCGCCCGAGAGAAGAGCCGCGGAUUGUGGAGCUGCUAAAAACCCCAGAGAAAAGGAAUAAAGAAGGGAAUUACAAGGACUGGGACACCGAGGAAACCUGCUCCUAUCUUCACCAGCAUGGACUCGGAGAAUGGGAACAAAAGUUCAGAGAACAGAAGAUUACAGGAUUGGGGCUACGCUAUCUUACUGAACUCCAGCUGGAAAAGAUGGGCAUUGAGCCUAUGGGCUCCAGGCUGCAGAUCCUUCACUAUCUCAGCAAACUCUGGCAGAUCUCAUCUGAGUGCAUGAAGGUCUUUAACGAUCCCAUUCAUGGCCACAUCGAGCUCCAUCCCCUGCUGGUGCGCAUCAUCGACACCCCUCAGUUCCAGAGGCUACGGCACAUCAAGCAGCUGGGAGCCACAUACAUGGUGUUUCCUGGAGCUGCACACAACCGCUUUGAACACUGCAUAGGUGUUGGACAUUUAGCAGGUUGUCUGGCACAAGCUCUGAACGAGAGACAGCCUGAGCUCCUCAUCUCCAAACAGGACAUCCUGUGUGUUCAGAUCGCCGGCUUGUGCCAUGACCUGGGUCACGGUCCUUUUUCCCACAUGUUCGAUGGAUUGUUUAUUCCCACGGUUCGACCCGGACUGAAAUGGAAGCACGAGAGCGCGUCGGUCCAGAUGUUUGACCACCUGGUGAAAGUGAAUAAUCUGGAAGGAGUGAUGGAGGAGUACGGACUCUCUCUACCCAUCGACCUGAUCUUCAUUAAAGAGCAGAUCGCUGGGCCGCUGGACUCCGUUUCCUCGGCCAACAAGUGGGCGUACAAAGGCAGAUCGGAAGAGAAAGCCUUCCUGUACGAGAUCGUCGCCAAUAAGAGGACCGGCAUCGACGUGGACAAGUGGGAUUAUUUUGCGAGAGACUGCUAUCACCUGGGCAUCCAGAACAACUCCGACUACCGUCGCUUCCUCAAGUUCGCUCGAGUGUGUGACGUGAAGGGCAAGAAACACAUCUGCACCAGAGACAAGGAAGUAGGCGAUUUAUACGACAUGUUUCACACACGUAACUGCCUGCAUCGCCGAGCGUACCAACACAAAGUGGGCAACGUCAUCGAGGUCAUGAUUACAGAAGCUCUGGUGAAAGCCGAUCCGUACAUCAAAAUCCGGGGCUCUUCAGGAAAGACGUACAGAAUCUCAGAAGCCAUCGAGGACAUGGAGGCUUACACUAAACUCACAGAUCACAUAUUCGAACAGAUCCUGUACUCGUCUGAUCCAGUGCUAUCUGAAGCUCAGGCCAUCCUGCAGAACAUCCUCUGUAGAAGGCUGUACAAAUGCGUGGGCCAGACGACACCCGACGCUCACUAUGACGUGUCACAGGACAUGUUACUCACAUGGGCUCGUGAGGUGUCUGAGUGUAAACCUGACGGCAUUGCGGUGGAUCUCAUGCCCGAGGACUUUGUAGUCAACGUGAUCUGUAUGGAUUACGGAAUGAAGGAGAAGAACCCCGUGAACAACGUUUACUUCUACUGCAAGAAAGACCCCACUAAAGCCAUCAAGAUCCGCAAGAACCAGGUGUCCAAGUUACUGCCCGAGCGAUUUGCAGAGCAGCUGAUCAGAGUUUACUGCAAAAAAACAGACGAGAGGAAUCUGGAAGCGGCAAAGAAAUAUUUUGUGCAGUGGUGUAUGAACAGAAACUUCUCCAAACCACAGGACGGCGAUGUCACGGCCCCAGAGCUCACACCACUAAAGCGUGACUGGCAGAAUGAAGGCGAUGACGACUCCGACAGCGACAACGACAGCGACAACGACACCAGAGCUCGAAGGAUGCUCAACCAUGGAAAACUCGUAAAAACAAAUCUGUUUCAAUUGCCACAAGACAAAACAAGCUAAAGUGUUGGCACCCCUGAAAAUGCUCAGGUUCAGUAUUUUUGGCACCUCCAACACCAUCAGAGAACUUUAAACAUGUUACCUUCUAGUGGCAGUAAAUGACAGGAAGCUAAGAGCCACUUCUGGUGAAUAAAAACAGGACAGAUCUGAGAUUAUCCUGAGAUCUCGACCUCUACCUGAAAAUGCUGCCUACUCAGAGUGGAUAAAGUAUUACUGAUAAAGUGUCAAUGAUAAAGUAUCAAUGAUAAAGUAUCAAUGAUAAAGUAUUAUUGAUAAAGUAUCAUUGAUGAAUAAAACAAUAAAAAAAUUCAUACCAGUGUAGAACAUAAUAGAUCAUUAGCAUGAGUCUAUUGGCCUUGUAACAAUUAAACUGAACGUAAAUUCAUUUUGAUGAUUCUAAACAUUACCAAAGCCUAAAUAAAUAAAAAGUCCUUUACUGCCACUCCCGGAAAAAUGUUUAUCGUUCCUGUAAAAUCGGUACCCUGUUUUUCUUUUAACCAUUUUUUUAUUUUAUUUUUUUUUAAUAUAAGCUCUAUUUUUAUAUUUAAAAAAAAAAUUGCAGACUCCAUUUAUUUGGUUUAAAAAAAUCAUGUUAAUUUGUCCAUCGUGCUCUUCAUCAUGCCAUCUGAACGUCCUGGAGAUGAAGGUUUGGGUAGGCGGGGCGGGGAGGGGCGGGCGGGGUUCAGAGGGCGGAGCUUGACAGACAUUCCUUCUCCUAUUAUGUAUCACCGUGCAAAAAUGGUUUUAUUUUGUUUAGUUCCUACUCUUAUUUAAUGUGGUUUAAGCUCCGCCCACUCGUUAACCCAAAGACGCCCGUCACCGGGUAGGAUUGGGGUGGGGGGUGGUGGGGGUGGUGGUCGUGAGAUCUACCUCUGUGUUACACGAGUAUAAUGAGAGAGCAAUCUUCCUGGCGAGACGGAGGACAUUUAGAACAUCGUGUCCUCCUGUGAUAACACUGUGUUUAUUAGCAAUAAGAGCGAUGUUCAUUUUUCAAGGUUUAUUUAUGCAAACAAAAGUUGUUCUGACAUUUACACAUGUAUAGAUGUAUUUUUAUAUGUGUGUAUUUUGGUAUUUUGUUUCAUUUUCAUCCAAAGUAUAGUUCUGGGACUUUUAAUUUUUUAUUUUUUUUUGUUGUCUUGUUGCCGGCAUGUACGAUGUUCAUUUUUAAUAUCUAUAUAUCUGUAUUAUUAUUUUUUUUUGUUUUGUUUUUUUAAUAGAUCAGCAAUUCUUUCUACCUUUCUAUUCCUACUUGGAUCUCAAUGGGGAUGCAAACUUUUGCACUAAGGCAUAAUAGUCUGUAUUAGAGGUUCAUACCUUCCCGACUUUAUACCGUUUGUCCUUUUUCCCCCUUCUGUUGUAAACUGCAGAUAAGCCAAUCAUCGUGUGAAUACCCCGAAGCUCCGACACCUUCUCUGUAUCUAGCCGAUUUUUUUCAAGUGUUCCUUUUGCUUUUUCCGGCAAGCGCUUUUUCCGGUAUAAAUGGAGCAAUUUUAAAGAUUCGUACUAAUGGAACAAAAAAAAAAACACUAUUCCUGAGAGUACUCUAAAUGCUUAGAGAUUGCUUUGAGUGCAUUAGUGUGAAAGAAAAUCGAUAGAAAGACAUCGGUUAACUCUUUAUUUAAUAGCGAUGCACCAAUAAAUGCUCGUAUUUGUUGCUACAAACCGUCACUGCAUGUGAAGCCCUGUUACUCAUCCGUAUGCAGCAGAAGUGUUUUUAUUUAUAUUAUAAUUAAAAUAAAAAAUAAGGAACCAAUAUGCUGCCUAGGCCUCGAGGGUUUGCAGUAAUCAGUAUCGACUAAUCAUAAAUGGUGUCAUGCACCGAGGCUGAUCCGUCAUAGCAAACCGCGUAUAUUUAUAUAGAUUUUUUUUUCUUUCUUCUAGACGUUUUUUUAAUGUACACACUUUUUAUAUGCAGGUUAAACGUGUUGGUUUUUACUCUGCACGUGAGAAGAAUCAAACCUUCUGCGUCGGCCCUUUAGCCUCUCGUCAGUCCGCUAACGUUAUUCCUGCAGCGAGGUUUUGUUUGUUCCGAGGUGUUUGGGAUUUGUUGAGGUUUCACUAUUAACCGGUGCACUCCAGGGUUAGAAGGUGAGAAUUUGUUUGCAGUGUUGUGUGGGUUAUUAUUAUUUUUUUUUUUUACAUGAUUAUGGAGAAUUGUGUGAUGGUGACGUGUGAUGGCGUUGUUCAUGAAUGUAGAUGAAUAAUAAAGCAGGAUUGAGAGGAA